UUUUUUUUUUCUUCUUUCAACUACUAAAAUUAGUAGAAUAAUGAAUAAUACUAAUUCACUUUCAGAAAGAAUUAAAAGACUACAAGAUUAUCUUUCAUCACAAUAUGUUGAUUUUGAUCAAGAAAAAACAACAGAUCGCUUAUUGUCUUUAUAUUCUGAUUUCUCUAAAUUAAAAAUAUUAAAUCCAUAUGGUUAUGAUGCCAAUGUUAAUUAUUGGAGAGCAGUUAUACUUGAUUGUAAUUUACAUGGAUAUUUAUCCGCUCAUGAGUCUGCUUGCUUGCUUGAUCAACAAGAACUCGGUGAAUUAUUUUAUAGACCCAAGAAGGGGAAAUCACUUUCAUUAGAUAUUGUUAUUGAGGAAAUGGUAAAUCGAACCAAGGAUUUAUUGACACUAAAAGAAUAUAAAAAACGAUAUCCAAUUGAAUACGCCAUAAAUAAUAGUAGCAGUAGCAGUAGUCAUUGGUUUCAAUGGUUUACUUCUUACUUUAUACCUUCUUUUAAGAAAAAUAGAGUAUUACCUAAUCUAUCUAUUUACGUUGUUUUACCAACUAUUCAAGAAUAUGCUAAAAUGAUUAUUCAUAAACAUUAUCAAAAGCCUUUAUGUGAUUCACUUGAUAACUUGUUUACGUUUAAAGAAUUUAAAGAAGAAUAUGGACUAUUAACAUGUCAUCAAGAAACAAUUAUACAACUCAGUCAUAUUGAUUUAUGGCUUUUACUUGGAUAUUUAAAUCAUAGAUAUGGCAUAGCUAUAAUGAAUCAUGAAUCAAUAACGAUUAUCAAAUUUCCAGAAAGAAAUGAGGGACUUGAGAAUAAUAAGAAUAAAACUAAAAUAACAGCAAAUGAUAAAGCUAUCAUUAAAUUAAAAAUGACAUGUGCUAUUUUACAUGAACAAGUGAAUGAAUUACAAAUGAAGUCUGAAGAAUUCAUUCAAUUAACAAGAGAACAUUAUCAAGAAAAUCAUAAACUUCAAGCCAUGUACAUGUUAAAAAAGAAAAAAAAGAUCGAUUAUUUACUUGAACAAAGAUUAAAGACAUUAGAAACAAUGGAAACAAUGUUAUUAAAGAUUGGAUCUGCCCAAAAUGAUAUACAAGUGGUUGAAGCAUUUAAUACAGGAGCUAAUCUAUUAAAAUCAAUCUUGUCAUUAAAAGGAAAUGUGGAUAAAACAUUUGAAAGUCUACAAGAUACAUUAAAUGAACAUAAACAAAUAGAAGAAGCACUUCAAAUGGGAAAUGAAGAGAUCUUUUCUAAUACAACAAAUCAAGAAGAACUAGAAGAAGAAUUAAAUUCAAUUAUUAAAGAGAAACCAUCAUCGUCAUCUAUCAUUAUAACUCAGCCAAUUGAUACUCAAUCCGAAUUAUUACGACUUCAAACCCUUUUAUCAUCAUUUAAUCCCUCUACAACCACCCUUCUUUUUCCAAAAAGACAAGAAGAAGAUCAAGAAAAAGAAGCUGUGUUAUUAUAAACUACUAUACCCACCCCCACUCUAUUUCCUUCAUUUAAUAUGGUCUAUUAUUAUGUAAGCAAAGACGUGUAAUUAUUAUAAAUUAAGUAACUUAUGUCAUUAUUAAAUGAUUUGACUAUUUCGUCAUAAUAAUUUUGUUUUUAAUUAUGAUUGGUUUAUUUCUUUCAACCAAGUAGUAAUAAAGGGUUUCUUACAAAGAUACUUUCCUAGAUGAUUAAUAAUCUAUCCCGGUUUCAAUAUAUAAAACAAGUUGAUAAAAU